CUAAGCUGUUUUGUGCCAGGGCACAUGAGGAGAUCCAGAUGAGUGUGAGAGCUGCUGAUUCGCGCUGUCACUUUUGAACACAGCUUCAGUUUAUAUUUGGCUUAAAGGAGACGCAACAAAGCGCACAAAAUGGCUGUGCUCUGGGCCUGGGCGAAUGAGUAGGUUUACUAUAGCUUUAAGAACAAGAAAAUAGUGUCUACUUCUUUAAAAUUAUAUCGGUUUAUAGCUGAAUAGAUAAUUAAGAAAAGUUUUAAGUUUCUAAUGAAUAAAUGUAUGCAUUUAAUUUGCGACGAAUUCAACAGAAAAUGCACCAGUGUUGGAUAAGGGCCGCUUGGAGUGAAAACGUCUUUCAAGCAAAUGUGCUUAGUUAUUCCUCACUUUGCGUGUGAACCUGCAUGACUUCAGGAGGUAUUAGAGGUAGGACAUACAUCCGUCACGGUUAUGGAACCAGCCUGCGAUAGAGCCGAGGAUGUAAAUAAAGACGAAGAGCCGAAGGAGGACAGGGCCGCGGAGCAGACCCCGGUCACCAGUACGACCGGUACGCUGCGGAGGGCGCUCAGAGAGCGGGGAGCGGGCCGACCUAGGUCCGGCGUCUCCUCUUCUCCCGUGGAGGUUAAUGGAGGUGCGUCGAGCGCGCAGACCUCCGGACGGGUUCUAAGGGACAGGUCAACCAGGGCAGUACCGGCUUGGCUGAAGGACUCGAAAAGCGACGAGGAAGAAGACGAACCGAGCCCGGACAGCAGUGCGACCAAGCGGAGGAAAGUUCCCAGCUCCAGGCGGAGGAAAGGGCUGGAUUCGGCGGUUCAGGUGGAAGCUGGAGAGGGGCUCACAGGAGUCAGCCUUCAAGGCACAGCUUCAGAAGACCUAAAGAGACCUGCCUCAGAUGUUGAAGCUCUUCUUCCCAAACGACCCCCAGGCCAGAAUAAUGCCAGACCCCCAGCUGGCAGGGCUGCCCGGAGCGCUGCCAAGCCUGUGUGUAAGACCGAACCUGAAAUGGAGAUUCCAGCUGCACUGGAAGAAGAGAGUACCGAUAAACAAAAGUGUGAAAGUGAAAAGAAAGAGGAGGACAGCAAGGAGGUAACGGAGCAAGUCCUGGAUGAUGAAAACCUUCCCCAUCAGGAUGACCCUAAUGAUUUCAGCUACCAGCCACAGAGUCAGAGCAGUGUUGAAGAGGAGGACGUUCUAAGCAGUGAUGAAGAUGUUCCAUUUAGAGACGACUUGAAUGAUCAAAGCUACGACCCGAUGGCUGAAAGGUUUCUGGACCUUCCUAAACCAAAGCGCAAAGUUCCUCUAAGACCGAAGGACAAGAAAGAAAAGGAUAAAGCACCUACAAGGGAAAAAGAGGUUUCUGAGAUAAAAGUAGAGGGUUCAGAUAACCUGGAGAUUGUGCAAGAUGAAGUAAAACUGGAGGAUGAAAUAGCUGAAGAUCCAGAUGGACCCAGGAAGAGAGGCCGUAGGAAAAAAGACGACAAAACUCCACGACUACCGAAGAGACGGAAGAAGCCGCCUGUGCAGUAUGUGCGCUGUGAGAUGGAAGGAUGUGGGACAGUGUUGGCUCAUCCUCGCUACCUUCAGCAUCAUAUAAAGUAUCAGCACUUGCUCAAGAAGAAAUAUGUUUGUCCUCACCCUUCCUGUGGGAGGCUCUUCCGCCUACAGAAGCAGCUGCUGCGUCACGCGAAGCACCAUACAGACCAGAGAGAUUACAUCUGUGAGUUCUGUGCCCGGGCCUUCAAGAGCUCCCACAAUCUGGCUGUUCACCGCAUGAUACACACUGGAGAGAAGCCGCUACAAUGCGAGAUCUGUGGCUUCACAUGCCGCCAGAAGGCAUCUCUCAACUGGCACAUGAAGAAGCACGAUGCAGAUGCUACCUACCAGUUCUCCUGCUCUAUUUGUGGUAAAAAGUUUGAGAAGAAGGACUGUGUGGUAGCCCACAAGGCCAAGAGCCACCCGGAGGUGCUAAUUGCUGAGGCACUAGCAGCCAACGCUGGCUCCCUCAUUACUACCCCUUCCUCUCUGCUGGAGCUACCAGGAAACCAAGCAACCAUUCAAGCAGAGAUGACAGGCAUGGACUUGAGCCACGUCGGGCAAGAUAGUCAGGUGGAUCAACUGGGUCAGGAUGUGCACCAUGGGGGUCAUAUAACCCAACAGGUGAGCCCUCAGGUGGUUUUACUGGGGCAAGACCAGAGCCUCCAUACGAUGCAGGUGCCCGUGACAAUUGCCCUGACCCCCAUUGAUCCUCCUUCACCGGCCGACCACCAACAGCAAACGCACCUCCAACUUCAGAUGCCCGUCCAGUUUGUGCAGACUGGUCAGCAGCUGCAGCAGCCUCAAAUCCAGCAGCUGACACUCCAUUCCAGCUCAGUGGUGACCCAACAUCAGUCCCAGCUUCAGACCAUGCAGCCUUACUCCUCCCAUCAGCAGAGCCAGGGGCAGACACAAAUCCUGCAAAUGACCUUCCAGCCUGUCAGCCAGUCACAGACCCACGUUCAACAGAUCCCCAUCUUGCCCAACCCUCAGCAGCUUCAGACCAUGCAGACAGCCACUCCAAGCCCUCCGCUUUUGUCCACCUGCCAGCCUGAGUCCCAGGAUCCCUCGUCAGCCAACGGCAACGCAUUUAUUCUGGACAAUCCGGUGCUUUCUUCCUCCUGUCCGCCAUGCAGCUCACUUGAGCAGACAGAAGCAGUAGGGGAGAGCAGCACAGUCUGGGAGCAGACAGGACAGGGGGAGGUCCAGGCUGAAGGCAGUGAGAGACAUGUGCUGCAGGUCCUCAUAUAAAUAACUAGGACUGUGCAUGUAUUGAAGAGGACAACUGAAGUACAGUUUGAGAUAAAUGUAGGAUCACAUAUAUAUAUAUGUACUGUUCAUUCAUUGUCAAACAUGGUAGCGUUUCCAUAGUUUCUGUAUCGGGGAAAGAGGCGUUUGUGUGUGUUUGUUGCCUUUGUAUAUAACAGUCCUGUAACUAGCUGGUUGAGUUUGUGUAUUGAUGAGUUUAGGUUCCAGUUAUGCAUAAUUACACCUCCCCCUCCCUGAGAAAUUUGCCAUAAAUCAACUGCUUAUUGUGUGGCAUACAGACAGCUGGAAUACAGGAAUUUAAUUUAUGAAACCUAAACAUGGGCAGCAUUUUAAUGUUUAGCCUUUAUUUUAGAAGGUUAAGAAAAAAACACAGGUGUCACAAAGACAAGAAAUAUGUCACAGACUGAAAGUAUGUUUCAGAGAAACCCACUUGUAAAAGACUUUAGUCAAGAUGUUUGUUUACGUUGCAGGAACAAUAACUAGUCUAAUCUAAUGUUUUAAGGAGCCAAAAGAUGACCACUGACACUGCGAAUCACCGAUGAACAUGUUAAACAGUCACAGAUUUGUCUAUAACCUCUGAAGUGUAACAUCGUUUGAACAGAGGAGCUAUGUAGAGCAUAAUAAUCUCACACAUUAGAUUUGUUCUAGCACAAAAAACAUGAUCAAAAGUCCAUUUAUAAAACUAAUAAAUGUCUUAAUAUUUAA